UAACAUUUAUCAAAAACUAUUUAUAGUUUCAAUAUCCAAUGUAAUUUAAAAUUUAACAACGAUUGCCAUUGUUUGUAUUCAAUAGAAAGACCAAAAAUCUUACUUUAAAUAACGAUCGAUUUCAAUAAUAAUUAUCGUAGUGUCCAUUUUGGUGGACUGCAAUUCUGUAAAUCUCUAUCAUUCUUCUGCUCUGUGCUGUGUAGUAAUGUGUCAAAUUGUUUUCAAAGUUUGUAAAUAUUGAAUAAAUCAAAGAAUAAUUUGAAUUCAAUUAUAAUUGUUUCCAUUUUAAUGAACGAUGGCCGGAUUUUUGGCGUGCCGUGUGUGCCUUGCGACGGACAAUGUAAAACUGUACGAUAUGUGUCAAUUCAAUUUUGUAACAGCAUACGAAAUUCUUACUGGAGUUGAGUUUACCAUACAAGAUGGCCUGCCGCAACACAUCUGUAACUACUGCAGUACACAGCUGAUGAAGUGUAUAACGUUUAAAGAGAAGUGUUGCACCACUCGAGAGAUAUUGCUGAAUGCUAUCGGACAGAAUCAGGAGUUGACAUUGGAAAGUCUAAGAACAAUAAAUCACCAGUUUGCUUUAAACCUGGUACAUGAAACCAAAUAUCCAGAUGAAUACAUAGAGUAUACGGAAUCAGAGAUUAAAGAGGAGGUGGACAGCAUAGACUAUGUAGACUUCAAGGCGGAUGAACCCAAGAGAAAGAAAAGAAAAAAGAAGAAAAUAAAACAGGAAAUAGAGGACAUAGUGAAACUGGAAGACGAUGAAAUAAAAAAAGACAUUUACGAUGACGACGACCCGAACGACACCGUCGAUAGCAUCGUCUACGACAGCGACGCGAUCCAAGAAGAGCCACCCACCUCCGAGGAUUUGAAAGACGUCGAGGUUGUGUACCUUAGCAAAGCCGACCAGCUGUCCGAGAUAGAGCAGAGAAAAACUUCGUCCAACUAUAUCAACUCGUUUUACAAAUGCGAUAAAUGCUUUAAAGGUUUCAUAACCGACGCCACCUAUAGAAACCACAUGCUGAGUCACGAUCGGGAGCGUGGCGAGUUCGUGUGCGAGAUAUGUCAGUCCCGCUGGGGGGAGGCGAGGCAGCUUAGAACCCAUAUCGUGAACUCGCACGAGAGGAAGUAUAUGUGCAAGCUGUGCGACCACGUGUCCAGAUCUAGUCACAGAGCCAAGGAGCAUUCAAACUGGCACAACGGGUUUACGUUUGAUUGUAAAGUAUGCGGGGCAAGUUUCGCUAAAUCCACGAGUCAUCUGACCCACAUCCGUCUGCAGCACCCGUCGAACAACGCUUGCGACAUCUGCGGCGAGUCCUUCAUCGGAGAGUUUGGAUUGCGGAUGCAUAAGCGAAAAGCGCAUAACUCAAGCUCAACGUCCAGCUGUACCCAGUGCGGUACCAAGUUCCACAGCAUAGAAGCUCUGGCGCGUCACCUACACCUGUCGCACAACGACACCUGCGAUGAGAACAUGAGGCCGUGCCCGGAAUGCGGAGAGGGCUACCCGUCCGAAGACGACCUGAAAGAACACAUGCUGCACCAUCACAAGGAAGAAAGCGUGAAUUGUGACGAUUGCAAGCGAACGUUCUCCAACGAGCGCUCCUACGCCAUACACUACCAGCGGGUCCACCUCGGGGUUAAGCUGAAGCAAAACAAGCCGAGGAGUCUCAAACGGCCCAGCGAGAGUGUGGUGUGCGAGAUAUGCGGGAAAAAGUGCAUUACAAAAGCAACGCUGACGUACCACCAGCGUAUACACACCGGAGAGAGACCGUUCCAUUGCACAGAAUGCCCGAAGAAGUUUAGCGUUUUCCAGAGACUACAGAUUCACUUGCGCACACACACGGGCGAGAGUCCGUACCAAUGCAAGAACUGCCCCAAGGCGUUCAAGCACAAGGCCGCGCUUAAUAGACACGAUCGGGUUCAUACCGGUGCGAAGCCCUACAGUUGCGCACAUUGCGGGAAGUCUUUCUCGCAGUCAAACUCCAUGAAGCUUCAUGUCAGCACCGUACAUCUGAAGCUACCGGCGCCGUACCGCGCGCGCCGACCCAAGAUAAACUGAGCAUAAAAAACUGUAUAAAUAAACGAUUUAUAUUUA